AUGGAAUUUUACCAGAAUGAAAAAAAAACGAAAGAAAUUUAUUACCUUCAGCAGCAACAGCAAAAAAUACAACUAGAAUCAGACGACCCCCGGAUGAAAGAAAGGGGGAAAAAAGUUCCAGAGAAAACAGAAAAAGGCGUCGUUUUUGUCGUCGUUGGAAGGCAGUGGAAGAAGAACACUUCGAGGAAAAAAAAACUAAAAAACAGAGACGAUAGAAGCGAAUAA